GGUACGUAAAGAGGGCUUUCCGUGGUGGGGCAAGGUCUGAGACACUGAACCCAGAUCCAGUUACAGAGCUUCCACUGACUCCACCAGCUGAAGAGGAUGAAGAGGAGGCUGCCAUUUCUCCCUUUAGCUUAAAGUAGGGUACCAUGAUUGACAGGAUGAGCUCAAUGGAUGUUCUGCGUCCAGCACUAAUAAGGAUUGGCGGGCGCAUUUAUAGGAAAAAUAUUAUUCAACAACAGACCUAUCCAAAUGAAGAAGAGGAUGAUUUCUAUGCAGACUCUGGGGAUCCUACAGAUGAGCCCUGUGAUACCUUCCUUGUGGAAGAGACUGAGAGAGGUUUCCAGUGUGCAGUGGAGGUUCCCAGUCCACUAUACAAGUAUAUAAUUGGAAAAAAAGGAGAAACCAGGAAGAGACUGGAAACAGAGACUCGAACUUCCAUCAGCAUUCCCAAACCUGGAAUAGAAGGACAAAUUGUGAUUACUGGACAGCAGCGUAGUGGUGUCGUUUCGGCCCGAACACGGAUUGAUGUUCUUGUUGAGAGUUUCCGCAAGAAGCAGCCAUUCACACACUUCCUGUCCUUUGCUCUCACCCAGCCUGUGAUUCAGGAAAAAUUUCUGCAGUUCAAGGAGAAAGUAUUGGAGAAAUGUUCUAAGGACCAUGGGGUCAAUAGCACUCUGUUCCAGAACCCAGCAAAGCUUCAUCUUACUAUUGGGACGCUAGUACUCCUGAAUGAGCAGGAGAUCCAGAAGGCAUGUGAACUUCUUCAGAAAAGUAAAGAGGACUUUAUUGAUAAAACUGUUGGAGGCAAACCCCUGACAGUGGAGGUGGCAGGAAUAGAAUACAUGAAUGAUGACCCUGCCAUGAUUGAUGUUCUUUAUGCAAACGUUCACAUGAAGGAUGGAUCAGACAAGUGAGUUCCCGCUUUCAUUUCACUGG